CAAUUCUCAGCAAAGACUACUAGUUGAAACUGGAUCAAAGAGAAGCUCGAACCUUGUGCAUCAUAUGAUCACUCUUACCGAACCUCUUAUCUGUUUAUUUUGAGCAUUGUCUUUCUCUCUAAUUUAGCAUGCGACACGACAUAGCAUAACUACUGAUACCCGUAGCACUCACCCCUCAACAUGUCUUCGAAUCGCCGCGGCGUCGGCCUCUCCGCCUUCUCUCGCUCUUCCAUAGCAGCCUCACAAUAUGCAUCCCACGGCUCAAAUUUGCGCGCCACUCAGUCAACCUCCUUCCAAACCCAGCUCUCCGUCUUCCAAAACCUCCUCCAUCAAUUCAGUAUCACCCAUGCUAAGGAGAUCCGAUCAAACCCUAGCUUCCGCGCCGAGUUUGCACGCAUGUGUAAUGCCAUCGGCGUGGAUCCUCUGGCAAGUAGUCAUCAUAAAGGGAAGAAAGAAGGAGGUAGCCUGUGGGCACAGAUGUUAGGGGAGAGUGUCAAUGACUUCUACUUCGAACUUGCAGUACGUGUAGUUGAGGUGUGUAGGGAGACGAGGGGCACGAAUGGUGGCUUAGUGAGCCUGGCGGAGGUGAGGAAGAGCGUCCUCAGGGGUAAGGCCAUUGGUGGUGGUAUGGAGGUUUCUGAUGAUGAUGUUGUUAGGGCAGUAGAAUCAUUGAAACCGCUUGGGUCUGGAUUCACAAUUAUCAAGCUUGGCCACAGUCAGAUGAUUCGGUCCAUACCAAAGGAACUGAAUACUGACCAGUCGACUGUUUUGGAAGCGAUACAGGUGCUCGGAUACGUUACCGUGUCAAUGCUCCAGGUCAACCUUGAGUGGGAACGAGCCCGAGCAAAGACUGUGAUCGAUGAUCUAAUGGGCGAUUCCCUCGUGUGGGCUGACAAGCAAGCCGAGGAGACGGAGUACUGGUCGCCAGCAUAUACACAAGGAACGUGA